AUGAUGGUAAUAAAAUCUCUGCACAAAAAGUGUGAAGCCCAGAGAACACUAAGAACCUUUCCAUUCAACCCUGAGUUGCAAAAUAUUCUCUUCUGCGAGAUAAAAGAGUAUUUCAUUCUUCCAGUGGAACAUCUUAUUUUUCAGAUGUUGCUUGUAGCUCCAACUCAAGAUCUCAAUUACAUCUCCCUCUAUUCCAGGCAGAUCACUGAUAUUUCAAUAUGUCAGUGCUGGUGCCGACAUUACUCCUCACUUUUAUUUCUUGUUACCACCAUCGGCUUCGCCUUCCUAGAUGCUUGGUAUCUACUCUUCGUGGCCUACCUGUACUGUUCUUGGAGAUUUGCAGACCCCCAAGCAAAAGUGUUGGAUGAAGGCGUCAGGUACAGCUGGGUCUUGCCUGCCGAUCUGGAUUCGUUGGGGCACAUGAAUAAUGCCCGCUACGGCCGGGAAGCUGAUUUCGCCCGUUACGCGUAUGUCCGCUGCGGCCUCCUGCAGACCAUCUGGAACCAUAAGCAGGCCACCAUGAUGACGGCUUCCUCUUGGCGCUUCCGGCGGUCCUUGAAACUGUGGGAACGCUUUGAAGUCCGGACACGCAUGUUAGGCUGGGACGACCAGUCGUUUUACCUGGAGCAACAAUUCAUCAGUUGCCAGAAUAAGUUUGUCUGCGCCAUUGCCUUGGUUCGGCAUCUCGUGAUCGGCAUGUCUCCAAGCGAAGUCCUCCAGAUUCUGUGUGGGAGGAAGGUGGAAUCUCCUGAACUCCCCGAAGAUGUCCACUCCUGGCUGAAAAGCAACCAACUCAACAGAGAGAGAAUCAAGAACGAGGCCGAGAACGCUAGCAAAAGCAUGUAG